AUGGCGGCUGCCGUGCAGACACCUUCCCAGAGCUGUGGGUGUAAGGGCAUCCGCUUCUGUGCCCUCUGUGAGAUGUCCGAAAGAGUUCAGAAUUUGCGGAAAGAUGAUAAUAAGUAUGCCGACUAUGAUGUGUUCGUCUACAGGUCGGAGCAGAAUGUAUGCGUGAGAUGCCCAGAAUUGAAUUCACUGGCAUCCGUUGAGGACAUUAUUGCAGCGACGAUGUCAAACGAUUCAUCUGCUUCUUGUCAAGAAAGUAUAUCAAUUGGUGGUUUAUUUGUUGUUCCUGAAUUCAUUACGGAGUCGGAGGAGGAUGAAUUGAUGAGAAUGAUUGACGGCGUCGAGUGGGUACCAUCGCAAUCAGGUCGCCGCAAACAGGACUAUGGGCCAAAGGUCAAUUUCAAGCAAAAAAAGGUGAAGACGGACACGUUUGUAGGCAUGCCCGAAUAUGCCGAUAUGUUACUUGAUAAGAUGCGAUGUAUUUCGCAAGAGAAGCUUGGUAACUACAUUCCCUUUGAAAUGUGCAACUUGGAGUACGAUGAGAACAGGAAAAGCGCCAUAGAAAUGCAUUUCGAUGAUGCCUGGAUUUGGGGCAAUCGUCUGAUCAGUAUUAAUUUGCUGAAUGGAUCAGUUAUGACGCUGGCAAACGAGAAGACUCGACAGCUUUGCUACAUAUGGAUGCCUCGCAGAACUUUGCUGUGUUUGUCCGAUGAAGCAAGAUACGAGUGGAAGCAUGCGGUGUUUUCGCAACACAUUCGUGGAAGAAGAAUAGCGCUUACUAUGCGUGAACCAUCAGAGGCGUUUCAGGAAGGAGGAGAGCUGUACGAGAAGUACGGGAAGCACUUGAUAGAAUUGAGCGGCAUCCGUGUUCCGUUGAGCAAAUGUUACUAA